AUGGAACGAAUUGGACGUUUAGAAGUGUUCCUUAUUUGUAUUCUUGUACAAGGAAAUACAGCAAUAGAUCCAUGUACAAAUUAUUCAAAAGUAUAUCGUUCAGAUUCACGUGGAACAAAUUGUUUUGUGGAAAUAAAAUCACCUGCAGUUUGUGAUCGGCUUUUGAAACCAGGAUGGUAUAAAGCUGAGGCUAACGGCAUAAGUUUGGAGAUGGCAAGUUCCUGUCCUCCUAUGUACUCAUGUGGUACUGAAAGUCAACUAUGGAUGGACGGAAGAUCACCUUCUGUUUCUGAUGGAGUGGUUAAUCGAAAGGUUUGUAUACGAGACACUGGACCAAACGACUGUUGUAAUAAGAGCAAGCAGAUACAAAUAAAGAACUGUGGUUCAUUCUACGUAUAUAAUAUAAGUUACACAGAUGAAUGUAAUCAAGCUUAUUGUUUUGGAAAUAAAAAAUGUCCAAACAGAAAUUCACCUACGGUACAAAAGACUUCGACUAAACAGAUAACAGGAUUUACAAACACACCUCCACCGAUUGACCCGUGUAAAAGUUAUAUGAAUAUUAAUCGCGCUGGACUUCGAGGAACAAUGUGCAAAAUAUAUGAUGUAGAAACGACCGUGUGUGAUCGACUGCUUAGACCAGGGUGGUAUAAAGUAGAGGAAAAUGGAAUGUCAUUGGACAUGCCAACAUAUUGUGUUGAUUCGUACUCUUGUGGAACCGCCGCACCUAUCUGGUUGAAUGGUUCUUUGUCACUGCAGUCAUAUGAAACUGCAGAUAGGACGGCAUGUGUAAAAGGAGUCGGCACUUCGAAUUGUUGCAGUAAUUCUAUUAGUAUCAGAAUUAAAAACUGCGUAAAUUACAACGUGUAUUAUCUUCCAUAUACGGAUUUUUGUGAUGCUGCUUAUUGUUUUGGUAGACAUGAAUGCAAAAUUGAACAAACAACAAAAAAAGAAACCAUUCAAACGUCAGAUGGCCGAAUAAGUAAUCAGACAGUAGCUAUACUUGGCAGCUUAGUUAUAAUUAUCCUAAUCCUACUUAUAUUCUUGGGGAUUGUUACCUACAGAUAUUUCAUCAGAGGAACUACAAGAAGCUCCAAAGUUAAAUCAAUCAAGGGACCCGUAGUAAGCAUACAUAGUAUUGAGUAUAUAAAAACCUAAAAUAUACUGAGUUGGUUUGGAUCAGGAGAAGCGGCUAUUUUAAUAGUAAUGAAUAUUUAACAUUGGGAGUAGAUGGACAGUAGCAAGAUUUGUUUUUGAAUGAAAAAUUUGUUUUGCCUUUUUACCUUGAUCAAUGAAAACGUCUAUCGUAUAGUAUCGUAUCAAUGUACAUUGACAAUAAUAAGACAUUUUUUCAGGUUGAAAUAAACUGUAGUGUUAGCUCAAAAAUCUAUAGAUAAUGAACAUAACAAGAAUUAUUUUUCAUUAUUUUCUGCUUCUUGGAUAUGCGUUACAGAACUCCAGUGAUAGCCAAUUUCGGGUAAACAGAUUCGGCAAAUAAUCAUAAGUAGACUGCUUGUGAGACACAGUUAAAAUCAACUUAAAAAUCAAUGUCGAUGUCAGUUUAUAUUCAACAUAUGAGUUCUAUGGUCCCUUUGGUACCAUUAACCUCUUACAGUAACAUUGUUUAUAUUCUUUUAACCAAUUGAAUGUCAUUUUAAUUAGUUUUUUUAUGUUUGAAUUGGUAUUGUUUUUCA